UUUUCAAAGUAUAUUUUUAUUUUGUAAUGCUUUAAAUAUUUAAUAGUAAGCAAAAUAUUCAGAAGAAUUAAAUAUUAAACAGUUAAAAAUUUAUUGAUUUUUCCAUAGGGUUAAAGUUGUAGUGGUAGAAGGUCAUCCGCCGCGUAAUCAGAUCCAGACAGCUACGGGGUUUUCAAUAGUAAAAUUAGGUUGCGAACUUCUUGAGUGUAAUCGUAAUGUUAAAAGUUAUACGUUUUAAAUAACGUAAAAAUUAAAAAAUACCCAUUUUUAGGAACUGACAUUUAUGUUGAAUAAACAGUAUUCUUUAUUAGAAAUAAAUAUCUUUAAAAUUUCGAUUAAUAUUACGUUGUUCUAUCAUAAACGGUCAUAUAGAAUGCUACUAUGUAGAUAGUCUAAUUCUUUCUCUCUAAGGAAAUGUUUUAUGUUUUUACAAUAUCCUGUGUGAUUCUUCGUAAAAUUCUUACUAAGGAAAGGUGAAACCAGAUUAAUUGGUGUUCAAUUUUCCAUCGAAUAUGGCUUGGAGCACAACCACUUCUACAGUGGGCAGUGCAAUAACCUUUGAUUCUGAAGAAAAGUUUUCUAUUAAAAGAAUUAGUUGGGUUGAUUUGGAUAGCUUAUACCAGGCUCCUAUUGAUCCGCAACAGCUGCUAAAAGCAUUAGACGGUCAUCUCUCUCCUUCUGGUGGAAUUAAUGGUGUCAAAGAUGUGCCAAGAUUAGCUAGUUUAAUGAAAAAAUUCUCUAAGAAGCUUGUCAGUCGCUGUGUUUAUUGCAAUGUGCUUCAAGCAACAGAACCAGAUAUUUUAUCAGAAUAUUUAGACAAAGGUGGCUGGGAAACUAUUAACCUAUGGCUUCAAUAUGCAAAAACAUCUCUAUCCCAUAAUUUCUUGCUGGAAAUGCUUAAACUUUGCAAGCAACUUCCCAUGACCUUGGAAAGAUUGAAAGAAAACAACACUGCUAAAUUAGUCAAAGCUUUGACAAAGCAUGAAAAUGAAGAAGUAAAAAAUCUCUCAACUGAGCUUGUAACUAAAUGGAUGUCAAUUAUAAAAGAGAAGAAAGCUACUGAAGUCAUUCCUGUGGUUGAAAAGAAGAAAAAGAAAGAAAAAUCUAAACCUGAACCAGAAAAAACUGAACCUAAGCCGGCUGCUAAAGCUGAGUCUCCUAAAGGUGCUGGUAAAGUCAAAGGCACCAAACGACCUUCUAGUGAAAAGGAACUAACUAUGAAGGAAACUAAGAAAGAGGAAUUUUAUGAAGAUGUCAAGAUUGAUCCUGAACCUUUACUGCCACCUCCUAAAAAAGCCAAACCAGAUCGACCUAAAACAGCCAAAAUUUACCAGAAGAAAUUCAGGGCUACAGGUUUGGAAGAGGAAACACCUUUGCCUAAAAAUAUUUCUAAGAAAUCUACUAGUGUUGAUAAAUCUACAGUUGUUGCUGCUAAAAAUGCUCUAAAAUCGCCAGUUCUACCUGAAAGAGUGACUGAGAAGAAAAUAAAACCAGAAAGUUUAAUGACCAUCAAUGAAAGCCCCACACAAAAUAAAGGCAUCAAACUCAUCCCUGCUAAGCCAAGGCCUGCUUAUAUUCUUCAUGAAAGUGCUAGUUUUAUGGAUGCUCUUACGUCUCAACCUGUGGCUCCCAUCAAAAAAAGGAAGAAGACUUCAUUACCAAAUAAGGCAGCUACGUCACCUACUUCUCCUACUUUAGCAGCUCCUAAAUUACAGUUUUAUAAAGAUACUCUUGAAACUAGCGAGGAUACUAAGAGUGAGGAAAAUGCAUCCACCGAUGACCAGGAGAAAUCUAGUGAAAAUGCUGAUCUAGACGUUGCAUUAGAUUCAGAGGAACCUAUGGAAGUAGUGACUGAAGAAGGCGGAAAGACACCUCCAAAUAAUGAGGUUUCCAAUGCAUCUGAUGCAUCAAAUGAAACAAAGGAUUCAGCUGAAUGUGUAGAAGAUAAACAACCUCUUGAUCCUAAUCACUUGCGUUCAAUAUUAUCUCACGGACGUCGAAAAAGCCAUAAAAAGUCUGUCAAAUGGGUGGAAGAUGUCAAUUUGAAAGAAAUUUUUUACUUUGAACUGGAUGAAACAGAAAGAAUAAAUGUCUUAAAGCAUCAAAACUUUGGUGAUAUGAAAUCAAUUGAAUUGAAGAGAGAAAGAGAAGCUCUUGAGUUAAUGAAACGCUCAGCUGGUGAUAGAAUGGAAGAGAUGAUUCAUUGGUGGAUGUUCCCAAUACUCAUUGAUGCUCCGCCACCCCUUGUUGAGCCCGGUGCCCAAAGUAAAGAAAAGGAACUUGAACGAGUUAGACAGCAGGCAACAUUGCAAGAAAUAUACUUCACUAGAGAAAUGAUCCCAGACUCUCCACAUGAACCAGAUUUAGAAAUUGUUCCUCCCCAAGAGCCUAAGGUCAUUCCACUUGAUGAGGAAAACGCAAUAGGAGCUGUAAUGGAUUACUCGCAUAUGGAACUUCCUAAACCAUCUCUACCGGAUGUUAUUAGUACUUUGAUGAAACUGCAAUCAAACCGAACUCUUCUUCCUUUACCGAAUAAUGUUCCAGAACAAAUUCCUCAUGAUAUGAAUCUCAUGGGUCCACCUUUAAUGAGUCCAGAUUUAAUGAAGCAAAUGAAUCCUCCAAUGUCUCUAGCUCAGCCUUAUGAUCCAGCUGAUCCAGUCUCAGUCAUGCCAGCCAACAGUAUGAUACCACCUAACAUGAUGAUGCCUCCUAAUGAAAUGCCAAUUAUGUUUAACAAUAAUAGUAUGGCUUUAUCUCCUGACUCUCAAAACGUGCCUCCUCCACCCGAGUGGAAGCAGCCGUUUUAUGGUAACUACCCAAAUGAAAUACCUCCCAUGAAUCAAGGUCACCGGUCUAACAUGAAUCAAGGACCGAACAUGAACCAGGAACCUCCUCAUAAUAUGCCUCAUGGACCUGGAAUGAACAUGGAACCUCACAUGAAUCAUGGUCCAGGAAUAAGGCCUAGAAUGAUUCAAGAUAAUUAUAGACCUCCUCCAAAAGGCCCAUCUAGAGGAAUGGUUCCAAGACCAAGACAUCAUGCUCAUAAAGUUCCUUGUAGACAUUUUAUAGGUAACGGUUGUCGUUUCGGAAUGAAGUGUACGUUUUUACAUCCCGGAAUCAAUGGACCACCACUAUAACACAAAACUAUAAACACACUGUCUAGUGCCUUAUGUGAUUUCAAAUAAUAAAUCUGUGAUACGAACUGCCUCAUCAUUUCAUCAUGAGACCCCUUUCAUUACAAUAUGCAUAUUUGUGAUAAUUUUCUAUUAUAAUUGUCUUGUGAGCUUUCUAAUGAUUUUUAUUUCAGUUUUGAAAUGCUUCUGCUCUACCGUGUUUCAUUGUUGAUAAAAUAAGGUUUCCAGUUAUAAAUAGCAAUAAGUUAUGAAGUUAAAUUUUGUUCAAAAAAAUAUUUUGCUUUUUUUAAAAGUUAAAUAAAUGCAUUUGAAGGAGAAAUUGACUUCCUGUCUUACUUAAUGUUUCGGUUUGUUAUCAAGAUAAUAUUAAUACUAUGUGCUGUGAUUAUUUUUCAAAAUUAAAAGCAUCUAUUUUCUAUAUAUGUUUUUAUAUUAUGAGUAUAUGAAUACGCAUUACUCAAUUGGGAAGAGUAGCUAAAAUUAAUUAUGAAACAAAAGUUUUUUAUUUUUUUAAUCUGGUAGGUGUUUUUAAGAAUAUCCUCUA